AUGUUCGCGGGCAUGGCAAACCAGUUUGCAUCCAUGAUGAUGAGCUAUAUGGGUGGCGGCUCCGCCGGUUCCAGCGGGUCGGCUGGCCUGGACUUGCCGGGGUUCCGGCUUUUGCAACCGCCAAAGGGGCAAGGCAAGCACGGUGUUGGCCAGGCUCCGGAUCAGCAGACCGAUUCGCAGCAGGACUCGCCGCCCCCGCCGCAGCAGUCACUUGCGACGCAGCGGCCAACGUUGCAGUCUCCGACGCAGCCAGAGGAAUCAGCAACGAAGCCUGGCGCCCUGACGUUUGAGAUGCCGGACACAUCAUCACCACCCAAGGAGGAACGUGCUCCUGAUCGUCAGCCGCUGAGCGCACAAGAAGCUGCCAAGGCAGUCGAGAAUGCGGUGGACAACCGCGCCGAGCAGACGAGCAAGAACAAGGUGGCCGGCAUUCUCAAAAAGCCCGCGGCCGCAGCGAAGAUGACAUCUGUGACGGCAGGUCCGAACAAGGGCUGGGUUGUAGAGGUACGUGAGCGCAAAGUCGGGAAUAGUGCCGGGCAAACCGACACGUACUAUCGUUCUCCGAACGGUGGAGUUUUCCGCACGAGGGGCGAGGCCAAGAAGAACGGGUGGCAGGUUGAAGCUGUUUCAAUAACCGCCAACCCAAAGCUGCAGAGAUCACUCGCAGCCUCGGUAGAGAUGGCAGCCACCAAAAUCCUGGAGGCCCAUCGCAAAUCCUUUGUGUCGCAGCGAGCGCUUGCUGAGAUAUUACAGCUGCUGCCGGAAGAGGAGGACCAACCCGCAACGUCCAGGGCCACCUUGAAACGGAAGCGAGACGUGAAGAUGAACCUCGCCACUCCGUACGGGCCACUGUGGAAGGAACUCACUGGUUUCACCAUGAAGGACGGGCCGCCACUCAAGGUGAGCUACGUCGAUCCGCUGGCGUUGCUUUGGCAUGCCUGCAAUCAAGGGGGUGGCUUCCAGGAGUUCCUGCAGAACUGUGCAGCGAGAAGCCCCUGCAGUCCACGGCAACCAUGGGAUAUAUGCCUUUAUGUGGACGAAGUCUCUCCGGGUAAUCAACUGAAGCCGUUAAACGAACGCAAGCUCCAAGUGCUGUACUUUUCCCUGAAACAGUUCGGGGGCUUGGCGCUGAGCAAAGAAGACUCGUGGUUCGUGCUGACUGCAGUGCGUUCCACCGAUGUCAAGCGCCUCACAGACGGCAUGACGCAGCUCAUGAAGAGGCACAGCUUCGUGAGUGCUUCCCGCUGGCCGUCUGCGGUUGGGGACAAAGGCGCCUCCGUCAAGAAAGUCUUCGCUAAGAAGAUGAGCGAGUUCAAAUCCGCGUCGUCGGAGGCUAUGGCAUUGUACCCGGUGAUGCGGGCCUUCUUGCAGGAGAAACUGCCAAGCGUCCGGGACCACGAGUGCAGGGAAUGCUGCCGCUGCUUUUUCAUUCUUUGCGAAGUCCUGGACCUCCUCUAUAAGACGGCGGCACCACAGGAUCCUUCAAACCUAGCUGCUGUUCUGGAGCAGAAAAUCGCAGCCCACCUGGAGCUGUUCAAACAAUGCUACGGGGUGGAAAAGGUCAUUCCAAAGCACCACCUGAACAUGCACCUGGGGGACCUGCUGCGGCGUCAUGGCGUGCUCCUCUCGUGCUUCGUGCACGAGAGGAGGCACAAGGAGAUAAAGAGAUACGCGAAUAACCUCGACUCCAUGCAGGCAGGAUCCGAAAAACACAUUCUGGAAAUGGAAUUGGAGGAACACCUAAAGAACCUCCUCGUUUUCUCCGAAAGGAGAACGGGGUUGGUCAACCCCAAGGCUGCCGCCGGGUUGGUGCAAAGCGCUUUCUGCGAUUUCUUUUCUUUGCCAGGCUGUCCUGGACUGCUCGUAAGCAUGUCGUGCCACGUCGGGAAUGGCAGGCUGUGCAAGCGAGAGGACGUGGUCGUGGUCCGUGCGCCCAACGGCGAAUCAGUGGCACAGGUGUGGUUCCAUGUGGAGUUCAACGGACACGGCUACACGUGCAUGUCCGACUGGCGCGAUUUGGGGCGAAAUCGUUUUCAAACCUGUGAGGAGCCUGUGUUCCGAGCAACUGAAGACAUCUGCAGACUUUGUGCUUUCAAGACAGAGGGUGACCGUGCUUUGGUCAUACCGCUCAGUAUGCCCAUGUGA